AGUCAUGAUGCGACCGCGGUUCAUCCGAGAAUUUCUAUUUUUAACACGCGCGCGACCGACCACCGUACGACUGUCGUCGUCGCCGUCGCCGUCGUUGUGUACGCGUGUCUCGUUUUUCGCAAUAAUAUUAUAAUAGUCCUAUUGUAUUAUCGUAUUGUGCACAAUGUAUGACCACAACAACAACAACAACAAACAAUAAUUAACAUUGUACUAGUCGGCGAGCAAAAGGACGUAGGUACCUUUUAUAUAAAAUAUAUUAUAUACGGCUCGUUACUUUAAUAAAUCCACGACGGUCGGCGUUUUAAUAAUCGUAUAUUAAAAUAAAAAAAAUUCCGCUGCCCCCUCCCUCCUCUUCAACGACUAUUCGCCCGGCACCCACCCCAUCGGCAUCAUGGAUCAAAAAUUUCGGUCCAAAAAUAAUUAACCAUGUAUUCUAAGUCGUGACCUAUAAACGGACGUAUAUUCUCAUCGACUCGGGCAAGCACUACUUCAAUUAUAUCGCGUACAUUCGUCGGAAACGAACGGGAGAUACUCGAGGUACGUUAGAUACGCGAUAUAGGUAUUACGCGGAGCAGGUGGUCGACUGCACGCGCUAAGAUAUAAAAUAGAGACACGCCGGGCGGGCACGACGUCGGUCCGCAGCUGAUGAGGGCCGGAGCACCGCCGGUAGUCACAGAAUGAGAAUACAACACGCCGACAUCACGAUGAUGUUCACUGGCAACAGGAAGAGGAGUUGUAGCAACAACUCUCAAAAAAAACAAACUGCAGACAACCGGUCCCGCAGCAACCACCGUUCCGAGAGCAGAGGUCGAAGUAAAAUUCCACAAGGGUUACUUCCAACGAGUUACAAUUUAGCUGAUGCAGAUUUAGCAGACAGCUUACAACAACGAGUUGAUAUAGCCAGAGGCCAUGCAAUUACUAGAAGACGUGGUGCGAUUAAACAUCAAAAAGUACAUAUCGUAAAAGGACAUAAGUUUUUAGCUAAAUUUUUCAGACAACCGACGUUUUGUGCCUUUUGCAAAGAUUUUUUAUGGGGUUUUGGAAAACAAGGAUAUCAAUGUCAAUCUUGUCAAACAGCUGUACAUAAAAAAUGUCACGACAAACUUCUUAUACAAUGUCCAGGCACCGGGCGCGAUACAGAAAGCACUGUGUAUUUAAGAGAACGAUUCAAAAUAGAUGUACCACAUCGUUUCAAAGGAUAUAAUUUCAUGUCACCAACAUUUUGUGAUCACUGUGGUUCACUUUUGUACGGGUUGUUCAAACAAGGCCUCAAAUGCGAAGAAAUAUGUUUGUGUGUAAGCAUUUCGUGUUUUAAAUUUCUUUUGGCAGUCGUUCAAGCCGUUUAAUUCGCUUUCGGAGCUUGCCAAACGUGCCAAGACAUCAGCUCAGCCGUACGUUCGGUCGGGAAG